GCCUUCAACCUUUACAUGAAAUCCUUCUAAUAGGCAGUGAGGGAAUUCUGCCCGCGGCCCGGCCUAAUGGAACGAGGAAAUGUCGCUCAAGAAAAAGCGAUCAAUGACACAGUCGAUGAGAAUUAGAUCUCGCUCUAAUGUCAAAGUUCAGUAUCAAUAUCUCAACUUUUACCGGAUUGAUCGACACCCUACAUGUUCUGCAGACAUUCAUAGAUCCAAGAGGAUGAAUCCUGCCGACUGUGAUGGUUCCCUGACUUUUCCUUCCAGCGUCACCAUGAGUGAAUGACUCAGAACCGACUAAUGGACCCUAAAUCCAACCAGAGUUUUUGAUUGUUGGAACAGUGGAACGACAAAACCAAGACAGUUUCGCUGCUCGGCUCGAGAUGUGAAUGAAGAUAAUGGCGUGCCAGUUCGAUAUCAUCACGGCGUUCGCGUCGGCGUAAAAAUGUGCUCUGCUCACUGGGUCGAGGAGGAAUCACAUCAGCAGUGGUCAGGAAAAGCUGUGAACGCCCGAAUGCACCAGACAACUCCACUAACGUCACCUCCGAUGUGCUACCGCCUGCUCGUGUACCUGAGGAGAGGCAGCGAGACUUUUUCUGCUCCUUAACACACCUGCUAUCAGCACAGCGACAUUCUGAUGGGAGUCAAACAGAUGGAGUUUGAUCACUUGUCAUGGUUAAGCUGACCCUGUUUCCAAGUGGACAGAGGACUCGAGAGGAGAAGAAGACGGCGGGAAUGUGACUGAGGAGCUUCGUCUGGAAACAUCUGGCCGGAGGGACUCCUCCCUCGUUCCUCCUCCUCUCCUAGUGUUUGACUCCAGCUCUGCAGCAGCGUGUGACGCCCCGCUGUGUGUUGCUGCCCAGGGAAUGCUCGGUGGACGGAGGGACCAGGACUCACCACAAUGAGCAGCCAAGACAAAUGGGUCACGCUGACCCCAGCUGAAUUCGCCCUGCUGCAAGAAUACACUCAGUACUCCACCAAGAAGCUGAAGGAUGUGUUGCAGGAGUUCCACGGAGAUGGUGUCCUGGCUAAAUACAACCCAGAGGAGAAGCAGGAGAUCCUCGCCCAGGAGAUCGACUUUGAGGGCUUCAAGGUUUUCAUGCAGACGUUCCUGGAGAGCGAACUCCCCGAGGAGUUCUGUCAGCACCUCUUCAUGUCGUUUAGCAACAAGGGACCCAAACCCAGUCCCUCAUCUUCUGACAAGCCCAGAGUCUCUGGGCUGAAGCUGAUCAAAGGCAACUCCACCCCUCUGAAGACGCCGGCGCUGCCCCAGCCUCUGGACGCGGUGCAGCUGAAGGACAUCGUGUGUUACCUGUCGCUGCUGGAGGGCGGCCGUCCCGAGGACAAGCUCGAGUUUAUGUUUCGCCUCUAUGACACGGAUGGAAACGGGUCGUUGGACAGCUCGGAGCUGGAGCACAUUAUCUCCCAGAUGAUGCACGUAGCCGAGUACCUGGAGUGGGACGUGACCGAGCUGAAACCAAUCCUCCAGGAUAUGAUGCGGGAGAUCGACUACGAUCACGACGGCACAGUUUCGCUGGAGGAGUGGAUCCAAGGAGGCAUGACCACCAUCCCGCUGCUGGUCCUGCUGGGCCUGGAGACGAAUGUCAAAGAUGACGGGCAGCACGUGUGGAGGCUGAAGCACUUCAACAAGCCGGCCUACUGCAACCUGUGUCUCAACAUGCUGAUCGGACUGGGGAAGCAGGGACUCUGCUGCUCAUUCUGCAAGUACACCGUCCACGAGCGCUGCGUGGCCCGCGCUCCGCCGUCCUGCAUCAAAACCUAUGUCAAGUCCAAGAAAAACACAGAGGUAAUGCAUCAUUUCUGGGUGGAAGGGAACUGCCCCACCAAGUGUGACAAGUGUCACAAAACCGUUAAGUGUUACCAGGGCCUGACUGGGCUCCACUGUGUGUGGUGUCAAAUCACGCUCCAUAACAAGUGCGCCUCCCAUGUGAAACCCGAGUGUGACUGCGGACCCCUGAAGGAUCACAUCCUGCCGCCCAACUCAAUCUGCCCCAUCAUCCUGGAAAGGCAGUCGACGCUGAGGAAAGACUCGCGGUCGAGCCAGUCGGGCCGAGGGAAGAUGCAGAGAGCCAACUCGGUCACGGUGGACGGCCAGGGACUGCAGAUCACAACAAUAGAGGGCACUCAUCCUCUGCUCGUGUUUGUCAAUCCGAAGAGUGGAGGGAAGCAGGGAGAGAGGAUUUACAGAAAGUUCCAGUAUCUUCUGAACCCGAGACAAGUUUACAACCUGGCCAAGAACGGACCCAUGCCGGGGCUCAACUUCUUCAGAGACGUUCCUGAUUUCAGAGUUCUGGCCUGCGGAGGCGACGGCACCGUGGGCUGGAUCCUGGACUUCAUAGAUAAGGCCAACCUGGACCGGAACCCCCCCGUGUGCAUACUUCCUCUUGGCACGGGCAACGACCUGGCACGGUGUCUGCGAUGGGGAGGAGGUUACGAGGGCGAGAGCCUCCUGAAGAUAAUGCGGGACAUCGAGAACAGUUCUGAGCUGAUGCUGGAUCGCUGGAAGAUCGAUGUCACGCCCACAGAUAAGGAUGAGCGAGGCGACCCGGUGCCUUACAGCAUCGUCAACAACUACUUCUCCAUCGGAGUGGACGCCUCCAUUGCACAUCGGUUCCAUGUCAUGAGGGAGAAACAUCCCGAGAAGUUUAACAGCAGAACAAAGAAUAAGCUGUGGUACUUUGAGUUCGGCACUUCGGAGACCUUUUCGGCCACAUGUAAGAAGCUCCACGACUUUCUGGAGGUUGAGUGCGAUGGUGUUACUCUGGACCUCAGCAGCAUCUCCCUGGAAGGCAUCGCCAUCCUCAACAUUCCCAGCAUGCACGGCGGCUCCAACCUUUGGGGCGAGAGCAAGAAGAGGAGGGGCAACCGCAAGGGAGGCAAAAAGAGCCAAGACAAGAGGACGCCGGUGCUCGACCCCAAAGAGCUCACGUUUGCCGUUCAAGACUUGUCUGACCAGCUCCUGGAGGUGGUGGGGCUGGAAGGAGCCAUGGAGAUGGGUCAGAUCUACACCGGGCUGAAGAGCGCUGGAAGACGCCUGGCGCAGUGUUCCUCCGUGACCAUCAGAACCAGUAAAUCCCUCCCGAUGCAGAUUGAUGGGGAACCGUGGAUGCAGACGCCCUGCACAAUCGAGAUCGUCCACAAGAACCAGGCGCCCAUGUUGAUGGGACCGCAGCAGGGCCGCAGCUUCUUCUCGUCCUUCAUCCGACGAACGCGCACCGAGAGCAAAGACUGAUCCGUCCAGACCUCGGGAGUCAUCACGAGCUCCCGAAAGAGUUGCGGCGGUCACAAGUGGAUCAUCUCUCGGCCCCCAUUAGCGAAGAGGGUCUUUUGACGCCUGUUUGAUAGCCCAGCGUACGGUAGCGAUCUGUAGGUUCAGUGAGCAUCGCCUGCAGCAUGUGGAGACGUCACCGAGAAGAAGCCGCUCAAUUAAUCGGGAAGGAGGCGUGCGUAGAGCCGACGCUUUGACCGACGGCGUGUAGUUUUUAGUCCAGCUCCAAAAAUACUGAAGCUAUUUCGGGAAGCUUGAUUUUUCUAAAAAGCCUGUUUUUAUUUCUGCUGUUGUGAUCCGUGCCAUGUGGACAAAAAAACCCACAGAUGAAUGUGUUUUUUUUUUUGGUGAUAUGAUGUAUUUAUUUAUUUAUUUAUUCAUAUUUUGCUGCUAUUGAUGUUUUUUAAACAGGUUUUUUUUUUUGCAUUUGCAUACCCCUGAUGCAUGAUGGACACUGAGCGAGGUUGCUGCUGUUGAAGCUGACAUAUCUGGAGUCAGCGGCUGAUCUUUUUUCCUCCCCCCAAAGUGUUUAGUAAGAAGUGAAGUGUCUUUGCUCAGCGCUUGACUCAUGAAUGGCUUCAAGUGGCGUAAAAAAAAAAAAAAAAGAAGAAGACAGAGAAAUAAGCUUUUUUGCUUGCUUUCUUUUUUUUAUAAAACGGUUCCUGCAAAGUCAUCCUUGUCAUGUUUUGAUCUGCCGUGUUGCUGCUCCGUCGGAGGAAAAAAAAAAAAAAGAUGAAGGAAUGAUUUAACGGUCUUCAUGAAAAAUGCAUGACACUCUUUGUUUCACGUCGCACGAGAGAGACGUCCGGACAGUUUUACCAACCGCGUGCACACUUUCUUGUUUGCAUGAGUGGCCUCAGAUCUGUUUUGACACAUUGUGGAAAAUUGAUCGUUUUUGGGUUUUUUGACAACUGCAACUUUUUUUCGCACGGUUUUAAAGCAUAUCGUUACUUUAUCUAUGAAAAAAUGGCUGCGUUUGUGUGGGAUCCUGUGUUUUUUUUUCAGGUUCUCAGGUAACUCUGAAGUGUAAAGGGCAACAAAACAAAAAAAAACAAAAAAAAAGAGCGUAACGUGUUUGUUGGUACGAUGACCGUGCAGCUCCUCCGAGUCAUUGAUUUUUUGCCCUGAUGUCUACUGUUGAGUGUUUACAGUCCGCCGCGCAUACGAGCGUACAUUAACCAAUUAAAGUCUAAAUACAAAAUGACUAUUGACAUAUAUAUUGUACCGGCUUGAUUUAAAGAAUCAAUACUGAAAAUCAAUGCCAUCCAGUGAUUACAGUUCUCAGAGGCAUUUUACAACCACUCACGUGUGCAGACACCGUCUGGGGAAAAAAAACUGUAGUGCACCUUUAACUUAUUAUUAUUAUUAUUAGCUUAUACAAAUAAAAGACAUUAUUCUGUAUUUGUCUUAUCGCGUCUCACUAAAGAUAAACACAAACAUGACUUCAGAUUUCAGGGGGUUUGUUACGGACCCACCGGUGCGACACACACCUGAAUGUGUUGUUUUUAACAGAACUGCGCUUCUGCUUUUGUUUUUUUGGUUUGUUUUUUGUUCCAAGGAAGAAUUACAGGCUCUUAAAGUCUUUAAAAAGUCUUUAAACAGUCUUUUAAAAUUAAAAAAAAAAAAAAUUUAAAAGUGCCAUACCUCCAGAGGAGACCGAGGUCUGCUCUGUCUCCAUCUCUUUGCUUUGUACUCUGCAGCGUUUGUACAGUGAAGGUUGUAUUUUUGUACACAGUAUUAUUUAUUUUUCCGCUUACUGCUUCACUCUAGAACUCACACCGUGUCGUUCCGCCUAAAACAAAUUAUUGCCUGCCAAGUGUUGACUCGGAAAAAAAAAAAAAGUGAUGAUGGAAAUAAUAAUAAAAAAAAAAGCUUUUGUUGUUUGA